AUGGACGAAUCGUACGACGUUUUUGACGACGGUAUGUCCGAUCUGAGCUCUUCUGGCCUGGAAGAUAGCGAGCAGUCCGAUUACGAAGGGAAUAAUGCCAUAAGACAUGCGCAACUUUCAUUCAAGAAAGAUGACAGAGUUCUUUGUUAUCAUGGACCCAUGCUAUACGAUGCAACGAUAACUGAUAUUCGUGCGCUAUCCGAUGAUUCCGAGGGAGAUGGGCCGCAAUAUAAGGUCCAUUACACGGGAUGGAAUUCCAAAUGGGACGAAUGGGUUAGUGAAGGAAGACUUCUCAGAUUAAACAAAGAUAACAAGGCAGUGCAACAGAGGCUAAAGAUUGAACUGAUGUCAAAGGAAAACUCUAAUGCUGAAUUGCUAGAUGAGUCCUCAUCCGAAAUUUACGAUUCAGAGUAUGAAGACGAUGAGGGCGAGGAUUACUACGAAGAUGAUUAUGCCGACGACGAAUGGAGAUUACAAUUAGAAACCUCGAGUCAUACAAAGGCAAAACUCCUUGAUGAUUGGGAAUUUAUUACCCUUCGGUUUCAGUUGAUAAAAAUGCCGAGAUUACCGACGGUAGACGAUAUCCUGGCCGAUUAUCUCGAGUACAGACUGGACAUGGAAGAAGAGGAAAUCAAGAACGGUCGCAAGGACGGAUCAAUAUUAGAUCGCAAUGUAAAAAUAGAAACGACCGAUGCAUCGAUAAUAGAUGAUGAAUCUGUAAACUCGACAAUGAAGAACGCAGUUUCCGACCAGAAUGUAAUGAUGUCGAUUGACUCUGACUUGAAAAACGACAAGGACGAUAUGACGGCAGUUAAAACAAUCACAAUCGAAGAAUUGUGGGAGCAAAGAAUAGCAGAAUUACGGAAUCUUUUCAACGUAGCUUUGGGCAGACAGUUAUUAUAUCGAUUUGAGAGAUAUCAAUUUGCUAUGCUUUGUGAAAAUCAUCCCGACGGUGAAUUCUCUUCUCUGUACGGUGCCGAACAUUUAUUGAGACUCUUGGUAAUGUUUCCAUCACUAAUCGAACGAUCGGGAAUGAGCGAAGAACAGGAAGACUUGACUAGGGAUUUUAUAUCGGAUCUUGUGACAUUUAUCGAAACCCAUAGCGACAAGUAUCUAUCCACUCAAUACGAGAACGCAACUCCAGAGUAUAUUCGAUUCACUUGGGAAUACUAG